AUGGAAGUUGAGGAAGAGGAGCAUAAAACGGAGGAUGAGUCGGUGUUGGAGGGGGCGGAAGAUGGGGAGAAUAAAGACGAGAAGAGGGAGGAAGAGAAGAAUAAAAAGAACAACUAUAAAAAGGAGGAGAAUCAGCGGAGGGAGGCUGACGAAGAAGCGGAGAACGAGUCGGAGUUGAAGGGCUCGCAACAGGAAAUCAAAUGGGAGAAGAACAAAAAAGAGGGUGAGGAAAACGGGAAGGAAGAGGCUGAGUUCAAGCACGUGCAUGCUAACGAGUUAGAAAAACGUGAACGAGGGGAAGAGGAAAGUGUCAAGGCAGCAUGGGAUGAUAAAGGAGGGUUUCAGACCGUGGUGCUAACGGCAGUCCCAAUUCAGAAUAAUGCGGUCAAAUGUCGGACCGGCAUGGAAAGGUCGCCGCCGCCACCGUUUUAG